GUGUCGAGAAUCCGUUGGUCGUCCCUGCUGUAGGAAUCGUUUCGUUCUUCGUUUCAUUUUGGUUGCUAGCUAUAGCCUGUGUUUAUUUUAAACAAUUUUAAUUUUCUCAUACAUUUCACCGAAGAAUGAGCGACAACGAAGAUAUCGAUGUCGACAGUGACGCAGACAAACGAGCACAUCACAAUGCUCUGGAGCGCAAACGUAGGGACCACAUUAAAGACAGCUUCAGCAGUUUACGGGACUCUGUGCCUGCGUUACAAGGGGAGAAGGUUAGUAAACAAUCUGUCAAACAGGCUUCCCGAGCUCAGAUCCUAGACAAAGCCACAGACUACAUCCAGUACAUGAGACGAAAAAACCACACACACCAGCAGGACAUCGACGACCUGAAGAAGCAGAAUGCACUGCUGGAGCAGCAGGUCCGUGCACUGGAGAAGGCCAAGGGGAACACUACGCUCCAGGCCAACUACACAUCCUCUGACAGCAGCUUGUACACCAACCCCAAGGGGAGCACAGUGUCCGCCUUUGAUGGUGGCUCCGACUCCAGCUCUGAAUCAGAGCCAGAGGAGCCGCCCAACAGAAAGAAGCUGCGUGUGGAGCCCAGCUAGACUCCAUCCACAGUGCUAUCACCAGAGACUCUCUUAUCCACCAGCCCACUCCUCCUGUUCAGUCUCUUUCCAGCCUUCUCAUGCCACUCCAGGAGACAGAUGGAAGACUGUGAUAGAGGUGCUAUCAUAUAUACAAUGCUUCAACCUUUCUCAUCCCUCACCAACGUAUUGUCAUUCCUCUCAUGGCACAGCAACAACUCUCAACACCCCCAAAGUGAGGCAGCUCUGCAGUUUGAAGGAGUUCAUGCGUUUAAAACCUCAUUCUAAUGAUUCAGAAUCGGAUAUGGAGGUGACCAGGUGUACAGCUUUAGUCUAGUUACAACAAAUAGCCCCAUUUCUCGUUUUGGAUCACCUCAAUGAACCUGUUCAGAGUUUUGAGACUUAGGCAGACCAUUGAGAAAAUGUCCUAAGGAAUAGCUGACCUUGUUAAUAGUUGUACUUUUUCACAAAAUAAUGUGAAGUUGCUUUGGAAAAAAAUAUAUGUAAUGCAACCCUCCUGAAUCAGUGUAGAUGGCUGAUGUUUUCCGUCUCUGAAAUAUUUGUGUAAUCAAAUCCCUAAAUUUAGUGAUAGCUAUAUUGAGAAAAAAAACUAUUUCGUAUCCCAUAUUGUACAUUUUUGUCAUUUAGCUUGACCACUUGUCAAUGGAGAUAGAUAGAUGAACAAUGUUGGCCUCAUUUAAUAUAUUCUCACCUCACAGGUUCAACUCUUUGUUUUUAUUUUGUUAUUCUCAAAACAAUUGAGAUUUGAAGAAGAAAAAGGUAUCCUAAAAUGUAUCCUGACUGUUACACAAUGCAGUUAAAGGUAGUAAUCUUUUAUUUUGAUGAAAGGAAAAUAAUUCCUUAUCAGUGUAGUGCAUAACACUGUAUACUCUUAAAUGUCAGUUCUACAAAGAAAAACCUUCCCUGGAUUUUUUUUUUUUUUUACAGAUAUAAUUAGUGUGUACAAAAUAGAGAUUUGUUUGAUUCCACUCCAUGGAAAUUACAGGUAUGUUGUACAUACUGCCAACAAUUGUCUUGCAAGUUGAGGCAUACCUUUGCUAUGAGACCAUUAUAAAUAAAACUAUUUUAUCCUUUA